GCCCCCGCGGCGUGACGCGAGCACGGCAGCUCCGCCCCCUGCGUCUCUGGCCUCGCUGGCCUUGGGGGGAUGGUUCCAUCAUGGCGUCAAUGCAGAAACGACUACAAAAAGAACUGUUGGCUUUGCAAAAUGAUCCACCUCCUGGGAUGACUUUAAAUGAAAAGAGUGUUCAAAAUUCAAUCACACAGUGGAUUGUAGACAUGGAAGGUGCACCAGGUACCUUAUAUGAAGGAGAAAAAUUUCAACUUCUAUUUAAGUUUAGUAGUCGAUAUCCUUUUGAUUCUCCUCAGGUCAUGUUUACUGGUGAAAAUAUUCCCGUUCAUCCUCAUGUUUAUAGCAAUGGUCAUAUCUGUUUAUCCAUUCUAACAGAAGACUGGUCCCCAGCGCUCUCAGUCCAGUCAGUUUGUCUUAGCAUUAUUAGCAUGCUUUCCAGCUGCAAAGAAAAGAGACGACCACCAGAUAAUUCUUUCUAUGUGCGAACAUGUAACAAGAAUCCAAAGAAAACAAAAUGGUGGUAUCAUGGAAAAAAAAAGGUUGAUAAAAUAAGAUCUGAGACUUUGGACUGUGUGGAAGGAAUGACUGACUAGAAGCUGCCCUAAACAUACCUCGAGAACUCCAGUUGUACAUGUUGAAUGAAGAGUUGACUGGGAAAGGAGAUCCACUUCUAUUUCUUGGCAUAUAUACUAUCUUUUGGGGAGAAGUUACUCAUAUAGUAGUUUCAGAGCUGGCUUUUGAAAGGCAAAAGCAUAAUUUAACACUUAUUAGACUUUGACUUAUUAUGUGACAUAACUUGUCAAAUUUCCUGAUUAUGCAGAAAGAUGGAAUAUCCUGCCUGUCUUUUAAAGCCUGAAAGAAAAUAUUUAAAGAAUUUUAUAGACUUUUGUCAGAUACUAUGAAAAUGCAAGUCUCUCUAUAGUUAACCAUAAACUGUUUUUAUAAACACAUGUUGAUUGCCAGGCUCCAGGUAAAAUAAUCAUUUGAAUGGGAUAUUGGGUUAAUUAUCUAGUAGCCAAGAAUUAAGUGCAUGUUCAGGUCAAAAUGAAUUUGUUCAUUUUAGUUGGUACCAUUUUUAUUUCAAUAUUCAUAAAUACAGAUUGUGCAUUUUAUUAAUAUGAAUGGAACACAUGAUUGAGGAUUUGAAUAGGGUGGAAGUGUAUUUUAUAAAUUCAAAUUGCAAAAUAUGUAAAGUUGCUACUUUUUAAAUACAAUAUAAAUGUUAGACAAAUCUAUGUUAUAUAUUUUUCAAUACAUGUAUCAAAUUUUUGUUAGUUGAAUAUAGGUUACUUUGUGUGCUUUAUGGAAUCCAGUUAAAUUUUAAUAAUAAAGCAGUUGUCACUUGAUGUUUUUUCUGUAUACUUCUGUAUACUAAAUUAGAUAGAAACUAGACUUAUUUGUAGUUUAUAAUAAUGUAAAGCUGUGUUUGGAUAGCAGUUUCUCGUUAUAAAA